GAAUGGAUUUGUUUCGGGUGACACUGUUGGGCUAAAACAGACACGGUUACGAAGAAUGUUGACGUAA